AUCAUAAAAAGAAUUAAAUUUGUCAAUGUUAUCCAAUUCUCCAAUCCAUAGUCAUCUUAUAUAAGACCCAUUAUUCUAUUCUAUCUGCAGAAUAAAACUGAUUCAUACUUUUCAAACAGAUAUAUACAAUUUAUCUCUCAGUGAAGGCAUGUUCCAUUUGCUAUAAGCAGAGAAAGCAAGUUCUUCUGUGUCCUUCAUUUCCCUUUGUUCAACAAGUCUCAGCAAACCUUUCUAGAAAUGAUGAAAGAAAUAAUGGACUGUAAUAAUGAAACUAGAAACAUCAACUGGGUGGCUAAAGAAGAUGGUGAAGAUAGCAGUUAUUCAACAUCAAUUGGACUCAUCUCAGAAGAUUCAAUGAACUCUGCGUGCUCUUCUUCGUCAGAGUUGACUGAGGAUGCUUCCUCUUCAACAUCAUCUUUUCUAUCAACCUCUUCUGCAUCAUCACAUUCAAAUGGAUCUUUGUAUGACCUUUCAGAGCUCAUGAACCAUCUCCCUAUAAAGAGAGGGUUGUCUAUGUUCUAUCAAGGAAAGGCCCAGUCUUUCACUUCAUUAGCAAGGGUGCAGAGUAUAGAGGAUCUUCCUAAGAAAUUCAUGUCUUGCAGAAAUAGAAUGAAGUCAUGCAAAAGUUAUGGGGGAGACUUGGAUAGCCACAGAAUAUUGCUCUCUCCAAAGGCUACAAUAUCAAAGAAGGCUUCAAAAGGGUCUUCUGUUACAUCUGUGCUGAACAAAAGAGGGAGUUUCCUUGGAGGGUCUAGGCCUUCUAUUUCUGUCAACAAGAACUUCUGAAAUCAAGCCAGUGAUUAGAGCUACUUUGCUGAUUUUGUGUACAAAAAUCCGGAAAAUUUUGAAUCUCAUUCCUUCAGCUUGCUGAGAGUCUAAGCCAUAUUAGAAAUUUUCUAUAUUAUGUUCAUUUUCAAUAUGUUUUUUCAGGCUGACAUGAUCUGUGCCUGUUAGAGUUAUUACAUCUAUGACUCAAGGAUUGUUAAUUAGGCAUGUGCCAAUAACAAUUGAGAUGUAGGGUUAAAAAUGAAAUUUGUGAAGGAUUUAUUUGGAAAAUUAGUUCUGUGUAGGAUCACGAUUGGCCUGGAUAUGUAAGAGGGAUUUGAAGUGCU